AUGCAACGAGUGACUGAGAAGAACCAGAAUGUUCUCCGCCUCCAAGCGCAACGCAAUGAGCUUAACUCAAAGGUUCGGAUGUUGAAGGAGGAAUUACAGCAACUUCAGGAACAAGGUAGUUAUGUCGGAGAAGUAAGCAAGGCUAUGGACAAGAAGAAAGUGCUUGUAAAGGUUCACCCAGAAGGGAAAUACGUUGUGGAUGUGGACAAAGGUAUAGAAGUAGCGACGAUCAACACCGGCUGUCGUGUUGCUCUCAGAGCUGAUAGUUAUGCUCUACAUAAAAUCUUACCAAACAAGGUGGACCCGCUUGUUUCCCUUAUGAUGGUAGAAAAAGUGCCAGACUCUACCUACGAGAUGAUUGGUGGUCUUGACAAGCAAAUAAAGGAGAUCAAAGAGGUGAUUGAACUACCUGUAAAGCAUCCCGAACUUUUCGAGGCUCUUGGUAUUGCUCAACCUAAAGGUGUUCUUCUGUUUGGUCCUCCAGGAACUGGUAAAACAUUGCUUGCAAGAGCUGUGGCUCAUCAUACAGAGUGUACGUUCAUCCGUGUGUCCGGAUCUGAACUCGUGCAGAAGUUCAUUGGAGAAGGAGCAAGGAUGGUUCGCGAGCUUUUCGUGAUGGCAAGAGAACACGCCCCUUCUAUUAUUUUCAUGGAUGAAAUUGAUUCCAUUGGAUCUAGUCGAGUUGAAGGAUCAAGCGGUGGAGAUUCGGAAGUGCAGCGUACAAUGCUGGAGUUGCUGAAUCAACUUGAUGGAUUUGAAGCUACUAAAAAUAUCAAAGUUAUUAUGGCCACUAACAGAAUCGAUAUUCUUGACCCUGCGUUGCUUCGCCCCGGAAGAAUUGAUAGAAAGAUAGAAUUCCCUGCUCCAGAUGAGAAAGCUCGUGCGGAUAUUCUGAAGAUUCACUCCCGUAAAAUGAAUUUGAUGCGAGGUAUCAACAUGAGGAAAAUUGCUGAAGCGAUUCCCGGUGCAAGUGGAGCCGAAGUGAAGGCUGUCUGCACUGAAGCCGGCAUGUUUGCACUUCGUGAGCGACGUAUUCAUGUUACCCAAGAAGAUUUCGAA